CGAGAGAAAUAACAUUGAGACGAGAGAAGAAACAAGCAAAAAAAACACAUCACUACGGUCGACCUAUUUUCAGGUGGUAGCAGAAAAAAAGCAAUAUUUUGCGGAAAACGAACGAUUGUCCUACGGCAAAUACGCACAUACACAUUGUUAAACUGCAUCAGAAUUUCGAUUACAUGAUAAGCAAAUGUGCACAAAAUGAAAGUAACAAUCAAGUCAUGGACGGGAGUUGCAUCUUGGCGUUGGAUAGCAAAUGAUGAGAAUUGUGGCAUUUGUCGCAUGUCCUUUGAGAGCACCUGCCCCGAGUGUGCGCUACCCGGUGACGACUGCCCCCUAGUGUGGGGUGUAUGCUCCCAUUGCUUUCACAUGCAUUGCAUUGUCAAGUGGCUAAACUUGCAACAAUUAAACAAACAGUGCCCAAUGUGCCGCCAAAGUUGGAAAUUCAAUAUACACUAAAGGUUACGGAAAUA